AUGGAUUCCGAGGGCUAUGUAAAUCAACGACGAUCCUAUAAUGGUGAUCUUUGCACCGUGCGCUAUGUCGGGAAAGUUGAGGGCACCAUCGGUGAAUGGCUCGGAGUGGAAUGGGAUGACCCAACGCGGGGGAAGCACUCUGGUGAACAUAACGGAGUGAGAUAUUUCACAUGUAGAAGCAAACACCCCACGGCCGGGUCAUUUGUGCGUCCAUCGCGACGAUCUGAGCAACCUCGGGGUUUCAUCGAGGCUUUGCGCCAGAAGUAUGCAUCUGAGUUUGAGGAGGAGCUUGCAAGGCAGAAGCAAGGAGAUUUGGCCGCUGCAGAUGGCUUGCGAGACGCUAUCAAGUUCAGCGGCAAAGUUGUAGAAGAAGUCGGCUUUGACAAGAUUCGGAAGAAGCUCGCUGAACUUCAGGAAUUGAAGAUUGUCCUCCUAGAUGGCCUGCGCGUUGGGGGGAUUCUUGCUCAUGCGGCAGGCCCAGAAGAAAGGAUGGAGGCUUGUCGGGACAUCGAAACGACAUGUUCCAAAAUCGUGGAGCUCGACCUCAGUUACAAUCUCCUGGAAAGGUGGACUGAAAUCGCGGAUAUAUGUCAUUGUCUGAAGCGCUUGAGAAAAUUGAAAUUGAUUGGGAAUCGGCUUGGCCCUCUCGAGGAAGGCUUGACAUUCGACGGUAUCACGCAGCUUCACUUGGAUGAGACUCUUCUGUCAUGGGACGAGAUCUCAGCCUUGACAUAUCAAUUUACAUCACUCACUGCUCUCUCGGCUUCUGCAAACCAAAUCACAGAGAUUUCAGCCCCCAUAACAGGGACCAUAACAACGUUGAUACUAGAAAACAACGAUAUUUUUUCGCUGGUGUCGCUGGAGAGGCUCACUUCCCUGGACAAACUCGAGCAUUUGUCUUUGCGAGAGAAUCGUAUCGACAAAGUCUAUGGAAGGGAUUCAGAAGUCAACCCAAUCCAGUUCUCGCAAAGUCUCAAGUCGGUGGAUUUGUCUAGAAAUAUCAUCGACUCCUGGUCCUUGGUGGACGAGCUACAAUCUAUAUUUCCCGGCCUGCAAUCUCUUCGAAUCUCUGGAAACCCCCUUUAUGACAAGCCUGUCGCCCCCUCGACAGCUACAGGCCUACCGGAGAAGCCAAUGACCGUGGACGAAGCAUAUAUGCUGACUCUUGCCCGGCUGUCUUCUAUCCAAACACUCAACUACAGCAAGAUUACUCCCCAGGACCGGAGCAAUGGAGAGAUGUACUACCUCUCUCUGAUCGGUAAGGAACUAUCUGCGUAUCCGGAGAGCGCAGAACGUGAGAUCCUGGGUACGCAUCCUCGCUACCAUGAACUUUGCGAAAAAUACGGACCCCCCACAAUCAGACGAGCUUCCGAAUCAGCUGGUGCUGCGGUUAAUCCACGCUCCGUUGCUGCUCGAUUAGUGAAGCUCAUCUUUCAUUUGAAUCCCUCUGGCGGUUCCGAAGCAAGAGAACAGCAGAUUAAAAGUGAGAAGAUUCCGCGAUCCUUUGAUACGUACCAGGUCAAGGCUAUUGCUUCCCGACUUUUCAAUCUGCCACCCUAUCAGUGCCGGUUGGUAUGGGAGACUGACGAGUUAGACCCAGUCAGUCAGGAGAAAAAACAAGAUGAAGAUGACUGGGACAGUGACGAUGAUGUGUCCAACAAGACUUUGGAAGACAAUAGCAAGUUAGUGGAUCUGAGUGAGGAAGCCAAGUUCGUCAAAAGGGAGAUUGAGCUUGUUGAUUCGACGCGUGACAUCGGAUUCUGGUUUCAACCUGAUAUCCUUGAAGCAAGAAUCAGAAUAGAGGUUGCAUCUUGA